AUGGAAGACGAUCUGUUUCAGCGGCGCAGUAAGCUUGCCACUGCAGGCGUCGCAGAAUCUGUUGAGCAGGAACAGGAGGCAAAAGUAUUAGUUUUAUACACUGGAGGGACGAUUGGCAUGAGAACAAACCGAAAUGGAGUGUAUGAACCAGAAGCAGAUUACCUUAUCCCCGAGCUUAAGAAGUUGCCAAUAUUCCAUGACAAAUCUUACGCUGAAGAGCAGCUUAUGGAAGAGGAAAAAGAUCUACUUGUAAUGCCGGUUAUGAGGAGUGGACGAAGGGUGAAAUAUCACAUAAAGGAAUAUAAUCCGCUGUUAGAUUCCAGUAACAUGAAUAUGAACGACUGGUCAAAGAUUGCCAAUGACAUUUCAACAUUCUACGAUGACUACGAUGGAUUUGUCAUCCUCCACGGAACUGACACGAUGGCAUACACAGCUUCGGCCUUGUCCUUCAUGUGUGAAAACCUUGGUAAACCUAUUGUUCUGACAGGAUCUCAGAUUCCAAUAUUUGAGGUGAGAAGUGACGGUAGAGACAACUUCCUGUCAGCCCUUGUGGUAGCAGGACAGUUUCUUAUACCAGAGGUGUUGGUUUUAUUUGGGAACAAAGUUUUGCGAGGUAACAGGACCAUAAAGAAUGACUCGGGCAGUUUUGAUGCUUUUAUAUCACCAAAUAUUGCAGCUAUAGCAGAUCUGGAGACAGACAUCACAGUUGACUGGGCCCAUGUUUUUCGAAGUGGUACCACAGAGAAGUUUCGUAUCCACAGCGAGAUGUGUCCAAAUGUGGGUCUGUUAAGACUUUUUCCAGGCAUUUCUGUACAGCUGGUGCGAUCAUUUCUCCAGCCACCAACACAAGGAGUUGUGCUACAAUCAUAUGGUGCAGGGAAUGCUCCUGAUAACCGUCCCGAGCUCCUGAAGGCCAUAGAGGAAGCUAUCAAUAUAGGAGUUAUAAUUGUUAAUAUAACACAGUGUACGCGUGGAUAUGUGGAUGCUGCCUAUGCGACAGGGAAGGCUCUGUACGAUAAAGGUGUGAUACCUGGAGGUGAUAUGACAGCAGAGGCAGCUCUCACUAAACUCUCUUAUGUACUCGGCAAAGCUAACUGGAGUAUUAAAACCAAGUCUAAGAUGAUGGAAAGAAAUUUGCGUGGAGAAGUACAGGCCAUUCGCAAGGAAGACAUUUCCUUACAAGACUUUGAGUUGAUAGACAGUGUAGCUAAGGCACUCAGCAUUAGCACUAAAGAGGAAACAAUAAAACUGCGAGAGGCGCUAUAUCCUAACUUGAUGUGUGCUGCUGCCAAAAGUAACGACGUCCAAGCCCUGGAAAGACUCAGGAACACAGGUGGCAAUUUAUCAGCUGGAAAUCAAGAUGGCCGAACAGCAUUACAUGUGGCUGCUAGAGAAGGUCACCAUGCUGUAGUACAGUACCUGCUCCAUCAUGGGGCCACAGUCUACUCUAAGGACCAGCACGACCAUACUCCACUCAAUGAUGCCAUUAUCAGUAAACACCACCAGAUCAUCACUCUACUAGUCAGGACAGGUGCUCACCUCACCAUGCAUCCCAUCCGCAUUGCCAUGGAGCUCUGCAGUGCUGCAGCUAGGGAUGAAGUUAGCACACUACAGGCUUGGAAGUUAGCAGGAGCUGACCUAAACGUGUCUGAUUACGAUAAAAGGACACCGCUACAUGUGGCAGUGAGUACAAAGAAGAUGUCUGCUGUGCGUUACUUGUUAGGAAACGAUGCUAGGUGGGACACAAAGGACAUUUUUGAAAACACAGCAGAGAUGCAAGCCAAAAAACCUGGAUAUGAGGAAAUCCAUGAGCUUAUACAGCAAAAGAUUCGUGAAGAGAAAAGCGGAAUUCCAGAUUCUGAAGAUCUGCAACAAGCACAAAUCAAACAUGACUAGAAUAUAGAAAAAGAUAUUAUAGAAUUGCUCUCAUCUGCCAAAACAAACAAAAGACGUACAUGUCUAACAUGUGCGACACACAUUUCAUAGAGGUAUCUAGACCAUUCCAAAAACCAGCCCAUCAUCAUCUAAUACUAUCUUAAAUUUCAUUUGUAUAUACCCUUUGGUUCAUAGCUUUGAUUUGAUUUUUUUUUGUGAUUUAUGGAAAAAUCUAAAUAGCUGACAAAAGGGCAAAUAAAAAACUGAAGAGAAAGAAAGGGAGAUAAUUUGAUAUAGAAGCAAUACAUAUCAUACCAGGGUGGAAAUGCAGAAACGUCAGGAGUGAUAUCCUGCUAUUUCAUUCUAUUGUGAUAUUUUUAUGUAACAUUGUCUCAGGGAAGUAAGUAAUAUUGUAGUAAACUGCUUGUUGUUUGAAGUAUGUACAGUUGACCUGCGAUAACCUAGAUGCCGAUAGUCCUGAAAUUACAUUCUGGACGAAAACAUUAUGGAACGGGUUUUCAGCAGGCUGCUUGAUGUUUGAAGUAUGUACAUGUAUAUGGGGUGUUAUACUUUUUCUCUUUGAUAAUUUUGAUAGAUAAAAAUAUGUUUCUUUUUCUUGUCAGCAGAAGCUUUUAUUUUUGUUACAUCUACCAGGUCAGUUUUGAAUAAUAUCCCAGGUAAAAGCUGACAGAAAGAGUCUAUCAAUAUGAUAAGGCUAGAUGUAUAAUAUUAUAAGCAGGUUAACUUGUUGUUAACCUGAAGUAUGUCAGACAAAUUUGUGUUACAGUAUUCUGAAUCAAUUGUGAUCUUAUAAUGAUUAGUCAAAGUAAUUUGCAACGGUAUAUAAACCAUAACUAAUGGUAUACCAUCCAAAAAUUUCUCUUUUGUGUGAAAACCCCGUAUAGUAAUUGUUAACAUGAUCUCACUGACCAUGUGACCUAAACUGAUUUUAAACCAUGGAUUGUUCUCCCAAAUUUGUCUAUUUACAACCUAAAUUAGUCAGAAUUUCCAUUUUGAAAAAUGAGAAGUCAGUAAAAAUACAAAAAUGUCUAUUUUAUUUCGGGUAUGAUUUUCAUCUUGUUAUGUCAGCAACACCAUAUAGAAAUACAGUGUAUAUUGUUAAAGGUCAAGGAUAGAGCUUUCGACAAACUGUCUGCUAACCUUAAUAUCCUAUGUAAAAGGUCAAGGAUAGACCUUGUGACAAACUGUCUGCUAUCCUUCUAUAUACCCUAGAUUAAAGGUCAAGGGUAGACCUUUUGACAAAUUAUCUGCUAACCUUCUACAUACCCUAUGUUAAAGGUCAAGGUUAGACCUUGUACCAAAUUGUCUACUAACCUACUACAUACCCUAUGUUAAAGGUCAAGGUUAGACCUUGUACCAAAUUGUCUACCAACCUACUACAUACCCUAUGUUAAAGGUCAAGGUUAGACCUUGUACCAAAUUGUCUACUAACCUACUACAUACCCUAUGUUAAAGGUCAAGGUUAGACCUUGUACCAAAUUGUCUACCAACCUACUACAUACCCUUUGAUUCCUUUUUUGGAAAAAUGCAAAAAUGAAUUUAUACAAAAAAGUAUACAGACCUCUGCUUUAGACAACUGAGAUGACUUGUUCAUGCACUUCAAAUUGUAGUAAUUUUCGGCAAACUAUGAAUUUUCUCCUCUUGUGGAAACUCUAAGUAACCAAACAUUGUAUACAGUAUCGGGCACAUAAGAAAUUUACUUCUCUUUGUAUGAAAAUCAUCGAUUGGUGAACAUCUAGGAUUUUUUAUAUCAAACUUGCAUCAUUAUCUUGACACAUUGUACAGGUAUAUGUACUAUAUCUAGUGCAACCAACUUUUCACUGCUGUUGAUAAGAAGAUUCACGCAUGAUAGAUUUAAACACAAUUUUUGUUUGCAUAUCUUGAUUUUGGAUAAAAAUGUAUUCAUGUUGAUUAAACACUAUUUACCUUUCGGAUACUGUUGACAUUUGUAUCACUAUUUUGAAUGAAAAUGUUGGUAUGUGUGUCUUAAUUUGAAAUGAGAAUGUAGAAUUAUAUGGUUAGUUUGAAUGAAAUUGUUGACUGAUAAUGAAUGGUAAAUUGUGUAUUUCUUUUUUUUUUAAUGGAGGAAUUUUGACCUGUUUUUUAUUACAAAUGAGUUAAUUGGACGAGAUGAAAUGACGAGAGCUGAUUAUAAUGAAUCAUGAUGUCAAAACAUAAAUCAAAUAUUCAUCUUACAGGAGACAGCAUUCAAAUUGUUUGAGUAGGAGACUGUCAGUAGAUACUUUGUUUCUUAUGUGAGGACUUUCAUGUAAUCUUUAUGGGUGACAAAAGUGUGUUAAAAUUAUUGCUGUAUUUGUAUUUGAUUUCUUUGAUUCAACACUGAUUAAAAUUGAUUUUUUUAUUUUAAUC